AUGGCCACCCCACGAGAGGAUACUUUGAAUAAGUUAGUCGAGGAACGCGGUCGCGUUAAAUCGUCGCUCACGCGAUUUAAGACAUGUUUCGAGACGCAGCGAGCAACCACCGGGGCUGCUGCAUUGGAGGAACGGUUGCACAGAAAUCUCCAUUUACUCGAUAGAUUUGAGUCGAUUCAGGAUCGCAUCGAUGCGAUCACCGCCGGGACACCGGAAGAACACACGCAAAAUCAAAUUCGCGAGGCGUUCGAAAACGCGUAUUUCGAUAUCAUAGGCGCGGUUCGCGAACAUGUUUCGGCUAAGCGUGCUCCGGUUCCGAAUCCGAGCUCUACCGCGCAACAGACGUUUCGUGUAGAUGCUGCAUCACCCACAGCCUCCGUAGCGGCACCCUCGGUUAGAUUGCCGUCAGUUCCGUUGCCCAGUUUUCACGGGACGGUCGGAGAAUGGGUCUAUUUUCGAGACAGCUUCGAAUCAUUGAUAAACCAAAAUACCGUGUUAAGCAAUAUCGAACGGUUUCACUAUUUGAGAUCAGCAGUAAAGGGAGACGCUGCUCGGGCAUUGAAAGCAUUACCGAUGUCAGAUGAAAACUACACGGCCGCGUGGAAGCUCUUGUGCGAGCGUUACGAAGACACAAAUGAAUUAAUCGAUUUCCACGUCGGUGCAUUGUUCGACUUGCCGACGUUGCCAAAGGACUCACCGGCGAGUCUGAGGCAACUUUUAGACGACUUUAACAACAAUUUAAAAUCCUUAACCUCGCUGGAGGAACCCGUCGAAAAAUGGGACACGAUCUUGGUCCAUUUAUUAGCGACCAAACUCGACCGGAAAACGAGCGAAGCGUGGGAUAAACGGGUCGCGGAAAUAGGCCGUAAGAAAACGUUGGCAGAUUUACAGACAUUUCUCGAAAAGCAGUACAAAAUCCUAAUAAAGUCAGUUCGAGUAAUACCUCCGGGUCCGUUCCCUCCGAAAAAUAGGAACCCAGGUCAGAAACCGCAACCUCACCCCAUGACGCUGGUUAGCAUGCAAAGUUUAGAAUGCCCAUUAUGUUCGUCGGAUCAUCCUCUCACACAAUGCAAACGGUUUAAAGCUUUGACUCCGUACGCUCGGUUUAUGAAGGUCAAAGAAUUCCGUAUUUGUUUUAAUUGCCUGCGACCAGGUCAUGGUUCAAACACCUGCAACAAGGGGAAUUGCCACAAAUGCAACGGCAACCAUCAUACGUUGAUUCAUUUAAAAAAUGACUCGACGCCUACCGUAGAUCCCGUGGUUGCAGAUCCCGUCGUUAGUAUAGCAAAUGCAGUAAAUAAUACGCCCCCUCAGAGUUAUGCAACUCAUGACUCGUCGGGAAAAGAGCAUGUUCUUUUAUCCACGGCUAUUAUACAUGUCCUCAACGACAAGGGACAAAAAUUUGAAUGUAGGGCGUUACUCGACCAAGGCUCGCAAGUAAAUAUCAUAAAAGAGUCAUUUGCGAAAUUUGUCGGCUUGAGUUGUAAACCGACCCAAUUAGCGAUCUCGGGGGUAGGGGCCGCGGACGCAGGUAAACGCGCUCAGGGUAAGGCUCGCGUUACAAUACAAUCGCGGCAAAACGGAUAUUCAACUACGAUGUCAUGCAUACUGAUGCAAAAGAUCACUUCCGAUAUUCCCAAUUUUAAAAUCGCCAAAUCAGCAUUGAACAUCCCUGCAAAUGUCAGAUUAGCAGAUCCAUCCUUUGACAAACCGCGUGAUGUAGACAUGCUAAUAGGGAAUGGGCAUUUGUGGGAGAUAAUGAGCGUAGGACAGAAACGCCUGGGACAGGGUCUUCCGGUAUUGCUCAAAUCCCAGUUCGGAUGGGUUUUCGGUGGGAAAAUUCGGGCGUCGCUCAACGCGGAGUCGCAGUCGUGCAAUGUAGUCACGAAUGAUCAAUUAAAUUCACAAUUAACUCGAUUUUGGGAUAUCGAACAAAUCCCAACACUCGGUCACCUUCCAGCUCACCCGUGCGAGGAGCAUUUUAAUGAGACGGUAAAGCGAGACUCCGACGGCCGGUUUAUUGUUACGAUUCCGUUUAACUCGGACCUGGCAAAGCUCGGCGAUUCAUAUUCCAUGGCGGAGCGUAGGUUCUUCGGCUUGGAAAGAAAAUUGAACAGGACACCUGUUCUGAAAGCAGAAUACGUGUCUUUUAUGAGCGAAUACCUCGCACUGGGUCAUAUGACUCAGGUAAGUCGGGACUCUCGAACGCAGGCCGGUCCUGCCUAUUACCUGCCACACCAUGCGGUGACAAAGGCAGCAAGCACAACGACCAAGAUGCGCGUUGUAUUUGACGGAUCCGCGAAAACCAGUUCCGGAUAUUCUUUAAAUGAUACUCAAGAGAUCGGUCCUGUUGUUCAGGACGAUCUAUUUUCCAUACUCAUUAGAUUCAGACAGCAUCAGAUUAUUUUGAGCGCCGACAUCGCCAAGAUGUAUCGGCAGAUUUUAGUCGCUCCCGAGCAGCGAGUUUUUCAACGGAUUCUAUGGCGCGAAGAACCUACGCUCCCAUUAGAAACGUACGAAUUGAAUACGGUUACAUACGGCACUGCGUCCGCGCCGUUUUUAGCGACCUGCGUCCUUCGGCAAAUUGGAUUGGAUCAGUCUCAUCUAGAUCCAGUAAUAAGUAAUAUCAUCAUCCACGACUUCUACGUGGAUGACUUGCUAACGGGCGCGGAAACAGUAGAACAAGCAAUAAAAAUUAAAGUAUCACUUGAGAAAAUAUUGCAAUCUUCAGGCCUACCACUUAGAAAGUGGGCCUCAAAUGUUCCGGCAGUGGUUCAAGAGGUUCUAACGGAAUCCAGAGAUCUGAAUUUACAAGCAGAAAAGGACCCAAAGACUCUUGGACUACUGUGGGAACCAUGCACCGAUGAGUUGCGAGUCAGUGUAGAAUCUCAACCAGUCUUACGGACUACGAAAAGAACAAUUCUAUCCGAAGUAUCCAAAAUUUUUGAUCCGCUUGGGUUAGUGGCGCCUGUCAUCAUCCAGGCAAAACUAAUUAUACAGUCGCUAUGGCAAUUAAAACUCUCAUGGGAUGAAUCCGUACCACAAGCGAUUCAUUCCGAGUUCCAUGAUUUUUAUGCGGACCUCAGAGCUGCGCCAAAGGGUACCAGCUACCUGAUGGGGCAGUUGCCUGCACCGAGAAUACGAAUAAGACCGCCGUUCUUUUCUACCGGUGUCGAUUACGCGGGUCCUUUCUACCUGAAAGAAAGGGUCCGUAGCAAGACGACGACUAAAGCCUACCUUUGCGUGUUUAUUUGCUUAGCCACAAAGGCCGUCCAUUUAGAAGUAGCUUCAGAUUUAUCGACGGAUGCCUUUUUAAAUGCGUUGAAACGGUUUGUUGCGCGAAGAGGCCGGUGUCGCGAAAUAUAUUCAGACAACGGCACCAAUUUUGUAGGAGCACGCAAUGAAAUGCAGAGAAUCAAAGAGUUCUUUGCAGACCAAAAACGAAGGGAUACCCUCUCUGAAUUUACGGUCACUGAGGGUAUGCAGUGGCAUUUUAUCCCACCAUACUCUCCACAUUUCGGGGGAUUGUGGGAGAGCUGCGUGAAGUCCGCGAAACGGCUUUUGACUCGAGUCGUUGGGGAAACUCGGCUAACAUUUGAAGAACUGGCCACUGUUCUGGCGCAGAUAGAGGCGUGUUUGAAUUCUCGGCCACUAUGUCCUGUAUCAACCGAUCCCACAGAUCUGAAUCCCCUCACUCCUGGUCACUUCCUCACCGGCAGCCCACUCAUGGACCUUCCAUAUCCUGACGUCACUGACGUCAAACCUACUCGUUUAAGUCGGUUUCAGCUACUCCAAGCAAUGUCGCAGCACUUUUGGAAACGGUGGCAGUUGGAAUACCUCCAUCAGCUGCAACAGCGACAUAAAUGGAAAAUCGCUGUACCAGAAGGAUUCGGAGUGGGCACGAUGGUCGUCAUCAAAGACGCUAGUCUCCCUCCUCUAAGAUGGAAACUAGGAAGAAUCACGGCUCUACACCCAGGCACUGACCAGAUCACCAGAGUCGUUUCCAUCCGGACAGCCGAUGGAGUCAUAAAGCGACCUGUGGCAAAAAUUUGCAUUUUGCCUACGGAGGAUGAAAGUUCAUCCCCAAAGGAUCAGCCUGGAUCGAGUGUUAAUCGUGACACAAAAAACAAUGAAUCCGCGGCAGCCGAGCCUGCAUGUGUAUAA